AUUAAUGAAGCUUACUUUCUUGGCUUAAAAAAAAGAAAAGGAAAAAGCAAAUGAGGAUUUUAUAGUAAUUUCAUAAGUAAAAAUUAAAUCAUAUUGCUAAAGGUUUGGGGUUUAUUAGACAUGAUAUCAUAAUCUAUAGGAAAUGGGCCGAACUAAUAAUGUAUUAGAAAAGAGUUCACAUAGAAAAAGCCUACAAACUAAGUGAUGCAUUGAAAUGUUGUACCACAUAUAUCAAUACUUGUACACGAUAAAAGGGCGUGGCCCAAAUGUGAUUUGAUUCGACACAGAAGUACAAUCAUCAAUGCAUAAGGUAACAUCCCUAAAUUUGUUGUCUGCGUUUCUCUCAGUUUUCCCCCUUCUUCCCCAUUAACUGCAACUUCCGGUGAACCUGAAAAUUGUCGCUCUGCAACUCCGAAACCCCAUCGUUCACCGCCUGUCCGCCGUAUACACACACACACACACACACCGGUAUUUUAUUUUUUCAAUUUUUUUUAAAUUAUUGUACAUAUGGAUGACGGAGAAGGUGGUUUAAACUUUGAUUUCGAGGGCGGGCUGGAUGCGGGCCCGAUUCAUCCGACUGCAUCGGUACCCGUAAUCCAAUCCUCGGCGGAUGCGAACAUCGCAUCAGCCGCGGCGGCGAAUGGCAACAACCAUUCUGCAGGCCCCGUGCCGGCGACUCAGGCGGCGGAGGGGAUGGGUGGUGGGGGAAGGCGGAGUUUCCGGCAGACUGUGUGCCGACACUGGCUGCGAUCACUGUGCAUGAAAGGGGAGGCCUGUGGGUUCCUUCAUCAGUACGACAAGUCGCGGAUGCCGGUUUGCCGAUUCUUCCGCCAAUAUGGUGAAUGCCGCGAGCAGGAUUGCGUGUACAAACACACGAAUGAUGAUAUAAAGGAGUGCCAUAUGUAUAAACUGGGAUUUUGUCCAAAUGGCACCGACUGUAGAUACAGGCAUGCAAAGCUGCCUGGACCUCCGCCUCCCGUGGAAGAAGUUCUUCAGAGGAUUCAGCAGUUGACUUCAUACAACCAUGGAAACUCUAACAGAUUUCAAAACCGUAAUUCAAAUUUUUCCCAGCAGGCAGAAAAGUCGCAGUUCUCACAAGGAACUAAUGGCACAAAUCAAAUAGGAAAAAGUAGAAUAACAGAGGCUGCUAAUGUGCUCCAACAACCACAACUUCAGCAGCAGGGCAGCCAAGGUCAAACACUGAAUCCUUCCAAUAGCCAGCAAAAUCAAGCUAGUAGGACUGCUACACCCUUGCCCCAAGGAACAUCUAGGUACUUUGUGGUCAAAAGUUGCAACAACGAGAAUCUGGAGCUGUCUGUACAACAAGGAGUAUGGGCAACUCAGAGAAGCAAUGAGGCAAAACUUAAUGAAGCUUUUGAAUCUGUUGAUAAUAUCAUUUUAAUCUUUUCAGUUAACAAGACUCGACAUUUCCAGGGAUGUGCAAAGAUGACAUCCAGAAUUGGCGGUUCUAUUAGUGGAGGAAACUGGAAGAAUGCUCAUGGAACUGCUCAUUAUGGACAAAAUUUCUCUGUCAAAUGGUUGAAGCUUGGUGAAUUAUCCUUCAACAAAACACGGCAUUUGAGAAACCCAUUCAAUGAGAACUUACCAGUAAAGAUAAGUAGGGACUGUCAGGAACUCGAGCCUUCUAUUGGUGAGCAGUUGGCGUCCUUGCUGUACCUUGAACCAGACAGUGAUCUUAUGGCCGUCGCACUGGCAGCAGAAGCAAAGCGAGAAGAGGAGAAGGCAAAGGGAGUAAACCUCGAGAAUGAGAAUGAAAAUCCAGAUAUUGCACCGUUUGAAGAUAAUGAAGAGGAAGAGGAAGAAGAAGAAGAAAGUGAAGAAGAGGAUGAAAACCCAGGACACGUUUUUGGAGCUCAAGCAAGGGGAAGGGGCAGAGGAAUGGGAAUGAUGUGGCCUCCUCAAAUGCCUCUUGCACGUGGACCCCACACUUUCCCCGGCCCCCGAGGCUUCCCCCCCAACUUGAUGGGGGCCGAUGGAUUUUCUUACGGACAUAUGACUCCUGACGGUUUCCCCAUGCACGAUCCUUUUGCAAUGAUUCCCCGCGGCUACGGACCAGCGUACGGUCCUAGAUUUCCCGGUGAUUUUGUGGGUCCUGCCCCUGGGAUGAUGUUCCCUGGUCGUCCUUCUGGUCGAUUUGGGAUGAUGAUGGGCCCAGGGCGGGCCCCUUUUGUGGGUCCCGGUAGGGCUCCUUUUUAUCCACCACCACCGCCGCAGCCAGGUCAGCAAAAUCAGAAUAGAGCGAAGAGAGAUCAGAAAGGACCAACUAAUAGCUAUAGGAAUGAUGGCUCGGAUGAACAACAAGGUAAGGUUAAAGAGGCAGCAGGCGAUGUAGGGCAGAAUCGUGGAAAUAUUAUUAUUCAUGGAAAUAACGAUGAAAGUGAAAGUGAGGAUGAAGCUCCAAGAAGGUCUAGACAUGGGGAAGGAAAGAAGAAGAGGCGUAGCCUUGAGGCUGAUUCUUCUGAUGAACCUGUGUAAGUAAAAAGUUUGUUAUCAUCUCAACUUCCUCGCCUUGGAGUAUGGUAAGACGUGUAAUUUAAUGGACAUUGGUUGAGCUUCUCAGAAUCAUGAGCAGAUUUCAUCUUAACAGGACAAGUAAUUUGUUUUGUGUUUGUGGAUACAGACUGUUUGUAUCCUACUAGUGCCAUGAUCAUCUAAGUUCCUGUUAAGGAAAAACCGAUGCGGCAAACAGUAUUGGGUUAAAUUAUGUUUACCUUGAAUCUCAAAUAGUUAGCCUAUUUAACAGGACUAUCAUUCUAUUUUAUCUGGAAAUUUUAGGCAAUGUUUAUUAUGUAUUUGGGUGAUGUUUAUGAAACAGGGGUUAUAUAUUAGUAAUAAUGCAUUUUUUGUUUUAAUCA